AUGAUGAUGAUGAUGCGCCGUGUGAUGUGUGUGUUGGCCGUUGUGCUGUGCUGUGCCUGCGGGUAUACCAUGGCGGCUCCCGUUUCUGCUACUACUACUACUGUUAAGGCAGGACAGCCAAAGGCAGUGAUGGCUUAUGAUUGGGGAUGGGAUUCAGCAACUGUUAAACGACAAAAUCGGGAAAGGGAUAUACAGAUUUUGCGAAAGGAGUGUAAGACUAACCCUUCAGCUAAUAUUGAUAAAUUAAAUUGUACGUCAGAGGGAGUAACAAGUACUCCCAGUGAACCAAACUCUGAUGACCAUGUGGAACAACAAGAACAUCAGGAAGAUACUCACAGAAACGGACAAGACCUCGAACAUCAACCACAAGAAUCGGCAACCUUGGAUCAGGAAAGUAGAGGAUCGCAAUUGAGUGCAUCAGAAGAUGAUCGUAUUGCAGAAAAGAAACCAGAUACUGAUGCCGCUACAACGCAAAGCCAAACUCCGGGGACUAAUGGUGCUGCUGAAGGUGAUCGUGGAGCAACGAGCAGCACAUCUGUUAACACUGCAACCGGUGAAGACCAACCUACCCAUAAAUCAUCUCCUCCAGCUGUUAAUUUGACUGGCGUACCAGCCUCACAAGAAACCACUAACAAUAACGAGAGUACAGAUUCCAGUGCUUCUGGCGCAGACAUGGGUGUGAGUGCGGAAACGGAAACAGAAGAAACCAAUUCCACUACUCCGUCAAGCACCGAGAACACAACCACUGAUGCACCAACCACCACUCCAUCUCCUGUUCCUUUACCUAAUGCAGAGAUCAGCAGCAUUGCCUCUAAUAUUCAUAAGAAGAACAAAGCUAAUGUUGACAGCAGUGUCAGUCCUGUGUGGAUGCGUACUGCAGCACCACUACUGAUUGUGGCUGUGUUGUUUUCCGUUGUGGUGUACUGA